UUGCUAUUGUAUGUAUAUAAAAAUUGGAAGAAGUGAUUACUUGUUAUAUGAAACAGCAUUAAGAAAUUUAUAACUUCUUUUGUGCUUUAUAAUUUCUCUAUAUAGAAGAUGACUAGCCCAAUUAGAGCUUUGAUUAGGUCUUUAUGGUUUGCUAGGCUAGUCACGGCGUAGAACUUGGUUUGCUUUCAUCAUCAUGUACUGAAUUGAACUGUUGUUGUUUUGUUGAUGGUAAAGAAAACUCAGGAAAUGGAAACUCUAGCUAGAUAACAACACAACUGAGACCACCACCCACCCACCCAAUGUCCUUUGUAGGAGAAAUGUUCAAACCUCGUGUGUUACACCAAUUCAAUUACCACUAAAGUGCCACUGUGUAGAAGGCUGAGAGUGGAAAACAUGAAGCUGACGCUUCAAGGAUUGAUUUCAAAUUAACCCAUGAGUGGCACUAGCAAGACUUCCAUAUUCAGCUUCGGUGCUAGAAUAUGAGAGUUUGUUGCUUAUGAGAGCACAGAGCAAUUAAAUUGUCACCCAAAAAAAUACAGUAACCUGAGUGGACUGCCCAAUCAGUAUUCAUGAACUCGGGUGAAGAUGUAGGAGAGCUGAUACCUGCAAUGUAAGGGCGCGAUGCAAUUUAAAACUUACAAAAUCAACCAAAUGGUUUGAGCAACACGUGUGGCCAGUUUGGUUUCAUAAAAUUUGAAACUGAAAAUAAGUUGAUUGUUUCAGUUGUGAUCAUAUUGGUUGGCCGUUGGAUUGCUAGACGGUUGAAUCCACCUUCAAUUGGUUUUGAAUGUCCAUUUUUCCGAUUUCUGAAAGUUUUGGACAUUUAUCAUUUUGACAGUAUAUAUAAAUAAGGACACAUACUCUAAUUUCGCAUUUUAUACUUAGGGUUUAUUUUUGUGUUUCACGCCCCAAGCCCAGCCCAGAACAACACCCACAUUUCUCAAGAGUUUUGCUUACCCCAAGUAUCAACUUUUUCAGAUCUCACUUUCCAUCCUCCUCCUCACACCGCACAAGGGUAGUGUCUCAGUUUUUUUUAACUUCUUUUUCUUCUUUUCCUUAUUUUAGUUUUCACGCCCCUCUUCUCUUUUCUCUUCUCCCAAUUUCAUUGUUGGUGUUGCUGUUUUUGUUCAUAUAAUCAUAUCUCAUCCUUUAGUGUUAGAAGCAUAACAAAACAUAAACGUCAAAAUGGCUGGACUUUUGGGAUACAAGAGCCUCGCACCCAAGACAAAGAAUGUUGUUGUUGCCGGAGGUUUAACUGCUUUUGUGUUUGGGGUAUAUUUCUACACCAUGAGAGCUGUUGGAGGUACAGAUGAACUGCAAGUAGCCAUAGACCAGUUUGAAGCACAGAAAAGCAACAAGGAUUAGCCUUGGACUCUUUUUGUACCCCCUUGUUUCUCUGUAAAAGUAACGAAUUUUUCGGCCUUCAGACAAUAAUGCAAUUUCCAUCAACUCUCUAAAGAUGAAAUGUUGUGUGGUUGUCAGGCUGUGUUUUUCAUUUUGGGGAGCACAAUAAGAUUUUACUUGUAUCUACUUCUUCAAUUACGUUUAGUGUUGUAAUUUUUACCUGUUUAACUUAUAAUUUGUUCAAAUUACAUAUUAAACUUGUAUGUGCA